GUAUUCAAUGGCAGCCAGCUGCUACCAACCAAAACAUGACCCACCAUGGCUGAUACCUUACCAAUGGGAUCUUAAGAAAUUUGAGGGCAUAUCAACAUAAGUCCCGCAGCCUCUUUGGUCAUGAACUCUCAAAGAACGGGCUUUAUAACUUUGAUCCCUUUGGUAUACAAUCACCAUCCAGCGAAUUGUCAUACAUGUUUUCCCGUAAUACCCAGGCACGAAUACAAGUUACUUGCUCACGUAGCCACCACGACCAGACCUUGCUGCCUUUGAUAUCGAGAAACCAGGGUGCAGGGGACCCAUUGCCCAACAAGAAGGAGGUCAACAAAUUUCCAAAAUGCCGAACGUCACGCCACAUGGGCUGCACGCUUGCCAGCCGAUUUUUUAUGGUUAGGACAGAGCGUUUUCAUACCGUUCCAGACUCCAAAGCCAACUGCAGCAACCACGGGGAUUGCGUUCUUUAUAGAGUUCAUCCCGCAAAAACAUUUAGCAGCAUACAGCCACUGUUUCCAAGCCUUGAUGUUCUUUGAUGCCAAGGUACAGUACAAAUCACUGCAGGCAAUAAUUGGCCGGAGCCUUAGACUUACCUAAUUAUGUAAGGGGGUCGGUCAGUGGUGCACUUAUGCAGGGGUAUCCUGAGUCGGCUCGCCAAUUGUAGGUCAGUCGCGAGCUGUAAAUUGAUUAGACGCGUCGCGUCUAAUUUGACGAUGCAACUCCGCCGACCUUAACCCACCCCCCGGUCAGGUACUUACUUCACCUGGAUCCGGGGUCUUGGAAAGCGGAUGAACAAAUGCAGGUAGCCGUAAAUAUCCCGUCACAGCUUGCAACCGAAAACUUCCAACACAUUCGAGCAUACCAGUUGCGGAAUUCCGGUCUCAUGGAUCAAACACACAGAAGACUUGCCACAGGCUCAUAAUGAAUCUCUGGCCAAAUGCCAAAUUGGAAGGAACUGGGCGAGGUGCCGGACUCGGAUGAAGACGACCUCGAUGGCCCUAGCCCUCCACAAAGUCCGAUAGCUAGUCUUCUUCCAGCUCCGCCGCCGCCGAUUGCAUCGCCACUCACUGAUAUCUGGAGCAUCCCUAGCUCCCCAGCACGACAGCUUCCUGAGCCAUAUCACCAGGCGACUCCCACGUCCCCUAUCCUCCCGCUGGGAGCAAAGACCACUACCCCGCUGUCAUGCUCCUCUCCGCUGUCACCUCCGCCACCUGAUGUGACAUCCUCUCCCAUCGCAUCACCUAAGCCAGAGCCCAGUCGACAAACCAUCCAGGAGAGCCUUCAGAUAACGCUCCCAGCACACCCGGUACCAUCAGACACUUUGACUGGAGCUCGAUCUCAAAGCCCUUUGGACUCCGAGUCAACCUCACAUUUGACCUCUCACAGUAAUAAUGUCUCGCCCUCACGCCAGGCAGCUGUUCGACUCGAACGUUCUUUGCGACCGCGGAAGCCCAUUCAGGAACAUCCGUAUCUACUCGAGGGCGCUCAGUAUACCCGGUUUAUGAAGGCUCAUGGCUUCAAACCUCUGCGUGUUGUCACCGAGCAAGCCGAGACUGCGCGACGGCGAACGACCAAUGAUUCCCAGGACAAUGAUUUUUUUGCAGACGACAGCCAGUCGAUAUUUGGGGAGCUCCAGGAGCACGAGAGCCAACCGCCUGAUUCCGCAUCUAUAGUUGAAGAACGGGACGAGCUUGCAUUAUCGCCAUCUCCCAGGGCAUCCUCUCAAGCUAGAGCUAUUUCUAGUGGUCAGCCUAGCCCUGGGCAAGAUACAGCGGCUACGAGCCCGGCAGAGGACGAUCUACCCUCAAUAGAUGAACUUCUUCGCCAGAGUCGGAAGACACGCGGCAAAAAUCAGUCCAAAAGGCAUGUUUCUGCGAGCACCUCAUCCAGCGUAAAACGAAGGAGGGUGGAUGAAUCCGCCCGCAAAGACUCUGUAACCAGGUCACGCUUCAGACCGCCUCUCGUCGUUGAUCUGGAGGCUUCCUCGCUAGCUGGACAAGAGAUUCGACGUCGCUCUCACAGCCCCCAGGUGCUCAAUGAUGCCAAUGCAAGGGGUCCCACAAAGCUCUCUGUGCAGACGCCCCUUCCCGCAACCACACAUUUGGAGAAUGACGUCGCACCAGCCGUCAUUAGUAUCUCAGAUGAUGACGCCCAGGCUGAGGGCUCAGAUUCGCCCGACUCAUCCAGCAUAGACAGUGACUCAGAUGCCAUGCAGAAGCACGUCAGGAGGAUUCGAGGUGUGCUUCCGGCAUCUUGGCUUCGACUUGAUCAGCUCAAGGCUCAAAAGAGCAGAGAUGGAACUUCGCGUCGCCAAAGCCCUCCUCUAUCACCCAAGCACCUACCCAGAAAAGGUGUGGCUCUACCGAAACAGCGGCCUCAGCAACCCACAUCUUCAAAUGCCCUGUUUGACUUUUUACCUAAUGAUGAUAAUGACGACCGCGAUGAACGCAUAAAUAAUGAUAUUUCACUCGGGAGAGACCAUACUUUGAUGUCUUCUCCGAAGACUACGAAGAAUCCAGACCUGUUUCUACAGUUGUUUCUCGACGACGGUGACAUUCCGGAAGAGGAUGCAAUCGAUAGAAUGGUGAUUGGGACCAAGAGGAAGAGGAAAGACUCGAGCGAACCUAAGAAUCGUCUCUACCGGAAGCAUAAUUCAGGACUGAGAAACCCAAGGCAACAGAAAAUAACCAGUUUGCUUGAUUCGGCAUCCGGCGGAGAUGGCGACAUACUUUCAAAGAAAGUCAUUAAGUCGGGUCGUUCAUCCAAGCCCAAGACUGCCCGACGAUCUAGGACUACAAAGGGGCACCCAACUCCACCACCUAUGCUGAGCGUUCUUGAUGUUGUUGAAUCAGACGCACCCCAGUUCCUCAGGAUUGCUGCCCGAGCCGCAAGGAGAGCGCCUAACCGUGGAAAGACGAGCCCCUCUCGCAAACAGAUCAACCUUGGCAGCCGCCCAGACAACAUCGAUGCACUGUCUGUAUUGCGGGAUUGGAAGAAUGGGAGGAUUCAGCCAAGAGUAGCACAUGAGCCCAUGGAGAAGGCAGGAACUUUAUCAUCAAAAGCAACGUCGUCAAGACUUGCCCUUAUGCAACGUUCUACAAAUCCACAUCGUGCUUCGGCGCAUCUCAAGCGAGCCGCAAGCCUUGGUGAUACGAAACGAAGAACGAAGCAAACGCGCUUAGAUAUGCCUGUUUCGUCGACGACCAUUCCUAGCGCAGCUCCUAUAGUGCGAGGGUUUCCGAGACUUCUAAAAUCAAGUCCAGGAAUAGGCCGUUCUGAUAUCAUAGCUGCCAGGCCCGCACAGUUGGAGACCACCGAAGUGAACCGGCCUGGGAAGUUCAGUUUCCUAGCUCGAAAGAGAAAUCUGGAUGCGUCGUAUCGUCGAAACAAGUCCUCGCUCGGCCCCGCAGCUGCUCGUUUGGACCGGUUCAUCAACAGCCCUAUGGACCAGGAUAUGAUGCCAAGAGGCAACAUUGCCGCUUCGAUAGAACCGCCAACAGAGUUGCAGCGGCCAAUUGCUCGUCACCCUAGGCUACGCAAACAAACCAAGGCACGCUUUGUUGACAUAACGGCACCUCGAUUUGUACACGCUGCAGACCCCCUACCUCCAGCUUCGGAUUACGCCUUGGUUCAGGAGGACGACGUAGAAGAGUUAAAUGACGAGAAGCUGCGGGGUCUUGGCCCUUUUGGCACACACUACACUCAUCACUUUGAAGUUUUCCCUCUUGAUGCAAGUGUCUACUUCCACGAAAGUACUUUCAUCGGCAUGGGAAGGCUUGGUAACCUCCAGGACAAAAAGCUCAUGGAUAAGUGCUGUCAUGUGCGGCCGAGGAUAUCCUUCCAGCUUGGCGACAAGACUCUUCGAUGGGGCCCAUGGGAUGAGAUCACGUCAUCUGAGCUCGGUGUUCUUGUUGACUUCGUAGUCGACAACAUUAUACAAUCGGAGAACACACUGAGUCUUGAAGCCGUUGCAGCUUCCGAUUUUCUGUUGAAUUUCGUGGAGACGGCUGUCAGUUUCGAGAAAAGUACCCAUAUGAGCUCGUUCAUGUCAAGGAUCCUAGACGUGUUACGUAGCUUCAUCGACCGCGUUGAAGCUGCGCUCAACGGUCGAGCUCGACCAGGCUCCUCUGGGCUGUUUCGAACCUUGUUGCAAGUCUUGCCCAGGGUUCUUUUGGUCAACUUUCUAUCUACUCGCUUGUGUCAACAGUCAAGUACGCUCUCGGACCAGGGAUUUCAGGCACAGGAAGCUUUGAGAAGACUCGCCAAGUUUUGCUGUAGGAUUUUGGUGUCACUUGGUCUAGGGCCUGUGGAGGAAACAUAUGCAGAUCUACAGCAACUCCAUUGUCGGGAGCAUGGCAUCAAACCGGACAGAGGUGAGGUGAUACUUUGGGCAAUUCUGAUGAGAAUACUGCAAGUUGCCCAGCUACCACGAGGUGGCUUCUGGGAUAUCUUGGGCUCUGUCAUCAUCACCCCAGAGCUCACUGGCGCCUCGGACCUCAAAAAGCUGGAGUACGGAUGGAAGCAUGUGUUUACUCUUCUCCCUCUGACUGAGUUCAACGACAUGGGUACGCUCGAUGCCGGAUCCCGUCUCCGCUCGCCUUUGGACGGGUGGGCGAUACCGCAGGCACUCUUAAAGCGCACCUUCCAUAUUUAUCAGAAGAACCCUCGACAGCCACCCAGCUUCAAUGACUACUGCAGAUCCCUGAUGGGAAGAUGCCACUACCUAAUCGACCAAUGGGGCUGGGGGAAAAGUACCAGCAUGAUUGGCCUAGUUUUUGAUUUCUUCGGCUCGCAGAAUCUGUCCCACCUGAGGAACGAGGAGGUUUACAAAUCUCCCGCCUUUCUCGAGCAGCUAUCAGGAAAACCCGAUGUCUCAAUCCACGCUGAGGAUCGGUGUUUCCAUAUAUUUGUCAAGAUCGUCGCCAUGGUCAUUAGGCGUCUCCGAGCUUCAGGUCUCGUCAGGGACAUCAAGAACUUGGUAACUAGAAUUGUCCCUAACCACAGUCGACAAUUCCUCAAGGAGCAGACAAUAAAUCAGCAUGAACUGGCGGCAUUGAGGAACCAUCAUGAUCUCUUGUGUGCGCUGUUCUGGGCAGCGCCUCCCAACCUUCGCCCUGGGAUUCACCUGAUCGAGAAAUUGGUCGUCCCUGGCAGCUCGCACAGAGAAGCUGUUUUAAUCAAUUUGAGAGCCUGGUCACAACUCUCACGCUUUGUUGUGUCGUCCAAUGAGGGGCCCUCGGUACUCAGGGCUUUUAUUUCAUGGCAAAACAAUAUCUUUCGACAGACACUAGACCAGUACCUCACCGCGGAAACCGACAUCCAACAACAGCUUCUAGCUUUGUCCAAAGAUGCUAGCAACGAAAUUGACCGAGACAUGGUCGGGAAGAUGAUUGAGAAGAACAAAUCUGCUGCCAUGGACAUUCUUUACUGCUCUGUUCAGGCAUCCUUGGAGGUACUCAAGGUGGCUCCCUCUCUCACUGCGGCCACCUGCUCCUUGAAUACAAAACAACUCUCACAGAUUUUUACCAAUCUCGAUGUCUCUUGCGCGGGAUUUGACUGGCAAACCUUACUGGUUGCGCUUGACAUUGUGGGUCGGUAUAUGGACAGAAUUGAUGAUGUCUUGGAUUAUCAGGACUCUUGUAACUCUGAGACUGCCGAGGAGCAGAAUGCCUCUGACGAGGCUAUACAGUUGGUCGACGACCAAAUCGUAGAGGCCUUAUUCUCCGUUGCGAAUCAAGUAUUAAAUCUCUUGGAGACAAGAAUAUCUGAGCGUAUUGGAUCCAAGGAGAGCUUGUGCGCCGAGAAGGCAAUCGUCCUUUCUGGGAGAAUUGCCAGCAGACUACUCCAAGUUGGACUCACGCGCCUUUCAAGGUUUUUCUCGCCGGGGAAAUACGGUCUCUUCCAAAGAAUGCCACAGGAUAUUUCGCUUGUAAGACGAAGAUAUCUGCCGCUGUUCACCGCAACCCUCGUGAGAAAUGCAACGCUCGACUUCAAGGAUCUCAACACAACUCUGGAUGAGAUGUGGCUCCUUUGCCUGACGGGCCCAAGGUCAACAUUUGAGCACGUACCCAAUUUUGGGGACUGUCUACGACGCCAUAGUGCCACAUCCGUGGGGGGCGAUGCUGGCUUUACAUCUAGGACCACCAUGGACUAUAACUCAGCUCGUGACCUUUUUGCCUCUGCGGUAUCUUCUCAGAGAAGAGCUUUGAGGGAGGAUCAGACCAGUCUUCAGCGAGGGAGAAAGGGUGACCUCGCAAAAGCUCUCAAAGCUGUCAUGGAACAGAUGAAGCGGGAUCUGGCAACUGUAAAGCCUAACCGUACCGCUCAUCUAAAGCAUGUUGAUUUUGUCCGCGAAAUCAUCAGCCUGGUCAAGUCGUACGGGGUUGAUGUAUGUCCGGUGGACCCUUUUUUCUACCGCAUAAGUGCCGAUUAUUCCCCAUCACUCGAAGAUCCCCAGCUUCACCUGGCUGGGAUCUUGGCGUAUGGGAUCCGAUUUCAAGAAGGUGAUACAAAAGCUUACUCGCAGCUUUUCUACUACCUUUACAACAAUUGCAAGGUGGCAUUCGUCAACAACAAGACCGGAAACGAACUCGACAUUUUGCAACGAUGUAUGGAAAAUAUUCACAUCUUCGAUUUUAUGUUGAGCUGCAUGCUUCCCACAGUCGUGCGAGCAACCCUUAAGAUACAUGAGACUUGGCCUCUUCUUCAACUAUAUUCGGGGGCCCUGAGACAGCUUCUUGAGAGGUCAUGUUUACCAAGAGAGAUCCAGGACUCUCAAGUGGAUGCUGUGGUCGCAUUGCUGAGUACAAUUCUGUUGACGAUCAAAACAAUCAAGUCUGAGGCUGGCAGUGGCGCUCUAUCUACGAAGAGGCUAUUCUUUCUGGUGGAACUGAUGGGUGUAGCCAACUCCCUUCAGCCAACACUCGUCGUCUGGUCCAUGAUAACCGACGGUUCUAUCCGACAGGAUGUCACCGCAGUUUCUACGGCGUUUUCGUCCCUUUGCGAUUCCGCAUCUGACGCCCUGACACGUCUGGAACGCGAAGACUCUGUCGUGGACAAAGCCUCCAGCAUGGCCAGCGCCAAUGUUUUGCUGGACGGAAUCCGUGAAAUGAACGUGGAAUAUAUUACGAGGCUUUCAACAGUUGUCAAGGCAAACACUGAAAGCCUCUCAACGCAUCUUUGCACCGACGUGAAUAGGAGCUGGAUAGUUACAGACAGGAAAGUCUGUGUACGAGCACCUGGUAACACUGCCUCGCAAGCAUCAGCUUCGCAGGGGGCUCAGGGGCUGAGCUGUGAGCCGUUGGAUAUGGAAGAUUUAUACAAACAGUUGAGCAGUCACGUUGUGCUGUGGAAGUCGAGGGCUAUUUCAAAUGCGAAGGACACACGAGGACGACGAUUCAACACCAAAAAGAACAAGUGUGCCUAACGACUUUAAAGCUGGACGGAAAGCGGGGAUUUUAUUUUCCAUGGAACGGCGUUCAGUGCAGCAUUGGAAAUGGAGUUUUUGAUACUAUUAGUUUCUGAUUGUUUGCUGGGUCUGUAUGUUCUAUGACCAUUUAUAUGCUAGCAUUUUACAGGCGUCUAUGAUUUCUUUUUGCUUGUUUUGGUUAUUCAUUCUUCUCUUUCUUACAGUCCCAUGUUGUUUUUUUCCUCCUAAGAUCUACAGAUAGUAACACAUGGUAAAACCAAAUUUUCUUUUUAGUCUGCGUA